AUGGAGCAUCCACUUAGUGGUCGCUGUUUCGCUGAUACUGAUCGAGUUGCAAAAUGACUGGUCGUGGCAAGGGAGGAAAAGGAUUGGGAAAAGGAGGAGCAAAGCGUCAUAGAAAGGUUUUGCGUGAUAACAUCCAAGGUAUCACCAAGCCAGCCAUCCGUCGUCUUGCUCGUCGUGGCGGUGUGAAGCGUAUUUCUGGAUUGAUUUACGAAGAAACGCGUGGUGUAUUGAAGGUGUUCUUGGAAAACGUUAUCCGAGACGCUGUAACCUACACUGAACACGCCAAGAGGAAAACUGUGACGGCUAUGGAUGUAGUCUACGCCUUGAAACGUCAAGGAAGAACUCUUUAUGGUUUUGGUGGUUAAUUUCCUUUGCUGCAUCCUUCUACAAACAAACGGCCCUUUUCAGGGCCAACAACAUUUUCGACGAUGGAGUUUUCUGUUCCAAAGAACUUCCUAAUAAGAUAUGUAAAUCGAUAAAGUAAUCGUGAAAGGCAA